AUGCCGCUCUCGUCCCUUCUCCGCACCUCCACCCGCCUGGGGCCGACGGUUGCUCGCCGGUCACGGAGAACUGCAUCGACAGUUGCUUCGAGCUCUUCGAGCCCUCCACGACCACUAGACUCAAUUUUAAUCGCCAAUAGAGGAGAGAUUGCUUUACGAGUUGGCCAAACCGCAGCCCAACAUGGUAUUCGAGUAACUACUAUCUACACCGACCCGGAUAGUCGAUCACAGCACGCACUUAGCUCACCAUUCGCAUUCAAUCUCGGCUCAGUGUCGGCAUACCUUGAUGGAGACCGUAUCAUUGAGAUUGCAAAGGCCCAGGGGUGCCAGGGAAUCCACCCAGGUUAUGGCUUUCUUAGCGAGAAUUCGGAAUUCGCCCGAAAAUGCUCGGAAGCUGGGCUAGUCUUCAUCGGACCGCCAUGGAAGGCCAUUGAGGAUAUGGGAGACAAAAGCCAGUCUAAGAAGAUCAUGACCUCCGCAGGUGUGCCUUGUGUCCCGGGGUACCACGGUGAAAACCAAGAUCCCAAAUUCCUCCAAUCCGAAGCCGAUAAAAUCAAAUAUCCCGUGCUCAUCAAGGCGAUCAAGGGUGGUGGUGGAAAGGGAAUGAGGAUAGCCCAUUCAAAGGAAGAAUUCCAAGUACAACUGGAGUCGGCAAAGUCAGAGGCCAUGAACUCUUUUGGGGACGACCAUGUCCUGGUUGAGAAAUACAUCACAACGCCACGACACAUCGAAGUUCAAGUCUUCGCUGAUAAGCACGGAAACUGCGUGGCGUUAGGAGAGCGAGAUUGUAGCAUUCAGCGGAGGCAUCAAAAGAUCUUAGAGGAGUCACCCGCUCCUCAUUUGCCUGACACCACAAGGAAAGACAUCUGGGCAAAGGCCAGGUCAGCCGCCUUGGCCGUGGGAUACGAGGGUGCUGGUACCGUCGAAUUCAUCUUCGAUAAUGAUACAGGGGAGUUCUUCUUCAUGGAGAUGAACACUAGGCUCCAGGUUGAGCACCCGGUAACUGAAAUGGUCACCGGGCAGGAUCUUGUGCAUUGGCAAUUGAAGGUUGCGGAAGGCGCCAAACUUCCACUAACACAGGAGGAAGUGGAAUCAAAUAUAGCCAGUCGUGGCCAUGCUAUUGAAGCCAGAAUUUACGCCGAGAACCCUGCACAGGGUUUUAUUCCAGAUUCCGGGACGCUACUCCACGUCCGCACUCCUGCAAUCUCAGAGGAUAUUCGAAUUGAUGCGGGUUUCGUCAAAGGGGAUGAGGUUUCCGCACACUAUGAUCCCAUGAUCGCGAAGCUUAUUGUUCGAGGAGGCGACCGAGAAGAAGCCAUUCGCAAACUCGCCGCAGCCUUAGAAGAGUACGAAGUGGCUGGUCCAGUGACGAAUAUCGAGUUCUUAAAAACCAUAUGUAAAAGCCCCGACUUCAUUUCCGGGGAAGUCGAGACAGGCUAUAUCGAGAAACAUCGUGACGAGCUUUUCGCCAAGGAAACCAUUGAGCCUGAAGUGCUGGCACAGGUGGCUUUGGCUUGUCUGCACGACGACGCCAGCCUCGUAACACAGAAGACAGCCAAUUUUGAAGGCUCUGCCGUUGGGUUUGGCCCAGGAUAUCAAGAACACCACCUGACAUUCACAGAUUCAGCAUCGGCAAACAGCAAAAGCUUCGAAGUCAAAGUCCGCCAAACCGGCGACAACGUGUUUAAUGUGAAGAUUGGCGAGCAUGCAUUCGAGCAAGUGAUCAGCCACCCCAAUGCAGACACUCGCAUUAUCACAUCCUUCUUCCCUCACACCCGCCUUGACACCACCGUAAUCCGUGACGGCGACUCAGUCGUCGCAUUUCAGCGCGGCAUGCAAUACCGACUUGCGAUCCCGCGCGCAAAAUGGAUGGAAAAGGCACUUGGCAUGAAAGACGUCACAAACAGCGUACUCGCACCAAUGCCCUGCAAAGUUCUCCGCGUGGAAGUCCAAGCCGGUGACGUUGUCGAAAAGGAUCAACCCUUAGUCGUGAUUGAAAGCAUGAAAAUGGAAACAGUUAUCCGCAGCCCGCAGAAAGGGAAAAUUGCGAAAGUGGUCCACCAGAAAGGAGACCAAUGUAAAAGCGGAACGCCGCUUGUCGAGUUUGCGGGUGAGGAUGAGGAGGCAUCAAAAUAG